AUGUUGGUGGCAAGCAAGGGAGUACUAGUGAAAUGCGACCCGUCAAUCAAAGCACUCAUAAUCCAGAUUGACUCAGUUACACCAGGUAUCAUCCUUGAAGAAUUGGAUGAUACGCACUUACUCAUCCAACAGGAUCGAAUCGACAUUGUCAAGAGCGAGUUGAAUAAAUUGCUUUCCAAGAAUGUAUAUAAUCCGUUCGAAGAGGAGUAG